AACUGCCCGCCUUCGCUGCCGAAGCAAGCAGGAAAUUGUGUUUUUUUACUCUCCCGGAUUAUUACGCGACACGCGUCUUAAGUUACAAACACGGUAUCGUCAUGAGUUCAAAUAGAUCACCAAUUUCAACUGCAGAUGACCGACUUGACCCUGAGGAAGAGAAACACUUGGCAGCAGCCACCCGUGAGGCUAAUCGUCUCCCAGAGCUCCGUCUGAUCCUGCUGGGCUGGAGAUGGCCAGGUAAAAGUUUGACUGGCAAUACUAUUCUGGGCCGUGAAGAGUUUCGUCUGGAACGAGCAGCUGAAUUCUGUGUGAAACGUGAAACCGAGGUCGAUUUGCGCCAAGUAAUGGUAGUAGACACUCCUGGCUGGUUCUCAGCCCAGACCACACCAGCAGACUAUCAGCAGGAGAUGGUACGAAGCGUUAGCAUGUUGCAACCUGGACCCCACGCAUUUCUGCUGGUCAUACCAGUGGGCAUGUUCACCGAAACGGACCGCGCUCGCAUAGAAGAGAACUUGGCUUUGUUUGGUGAGGAUGUGUGGAAGCACACCUUGGUGGUGUUCACCUGGGCUGAGAUUUUGAAGGACAGGUCUAUAGAAAGGCAUAUACGAAGGGAAGGUCGUGACCUUCAGUGGGUGCUGGACAAAUGUAAGAAGAGAUACCAUGUGAUCAAUAACUAUAUUUUUGGUGAACACCCACAGCUGCCUCAGCUGAUGGAGAAGGUUGAGAAGAUUGUAGCUGAAGAGGGCGGCUGCUUCAUCCUUAAACCAGACGAAACAAAAACACAAAGUCAACUUCAAAGUCUGAAUCUAAAUUCCAAUUCUGUGAAAGAGAACAGGGAACUCGGCGCUAGACCAAAACAGAAUGGAUCCUGCAACUCACUGCGAUCAAUGGAUGUGGAUCCUCCACAAAAUUUGAUUGAAGAAGUGAGUGACUAAAGCUGUGUGAACCGAUCCUGUGCUGUGCUGUGCUGAUUACCUCCAUUCCAUUCGCACUUCUUCGUGCCUAAAUUAUUAUUCCCAUAUACAGUUGAAGUCAAAAUGAUUAGCCCUCCUGUGAAUUUUCAUUUUCCUUUUUCAAUUAUUUCCCAUAUUCCCAUAUUAUGUUUAACAGAGCAAGAAAUCUUUUCACAGUAUUUCUUAUAGUAUUUUUCUUUUAUUCAUUUUAUUUAUUUAUUGGAGAAAGUCUUAUUUGCUAACAAUAUCCGAUAUACUUCCGGUGAACGGUUAAUGUGACUUUUUCAAUUUUAUACAGUUUCUUUUACAGCAUCGAUGUUGUAAUGUAAUUAAAAUAUAAUCAAAUAAAUAGACUUCAGCAUUCAUUUAGUUGAAAAGCCGUAUAAUCGCACCCACCAGUCAGGAUUAGCAGGCUAGCGCAGAAAUGCCAUUGGAAAUACUGGAGUAAAAUAAAUUUAAAGAUGACAUGGUAAGGAAAAAUUUUAUUUAAUGCAGUGCUUCUUGUACAUUCUGAGACCCACUUUAUAGCAUAUAUAAUUAAGGUAGUAAAGGUCAUUGAUUUUUAAAGAAAACAGACUUUAAACGCGCCAAUUUUGUAAUGGCAUACAGUUCAACGGAAGCGUUUGACCCAGGCUACUUACAAUUUAAAAGUCCUUCUGCAUAUACCCUAUUGUCUACAGAAUAAACCAGUGUUAUUCAAUGAUUUGCCUAGUUAACCUAGUUGAGCCUUUAAAUGUCACUUUAAAACUAGUAUCUUGAAACAUAUCUAGUAAAAUAUUUUGUACCAUACCAUCAAAUAUAAAUAAAUCAGUUAUUAGAAAUUCGUUAUUAAAACUAUUAUGUGUAGAAAUGUGCUGAAAAAAAUAUAUAUUUUCGUUAAACUGAAAUUGGGAAAAAAAAAAAUACAGAGGGGCUAAUAAUUCAUGGGGGGCUAAUAAUUCUGACUUCAACUCUAUCUAUACACUAGUCCAGACAACUUUAAGUUGUAGGGCUUAUAGAAGGCAAAUUUCCCUUAUUGACCUUAUUCUUCAUGUAUGAGUGGGCGCAGCCAUGUGAAUCUUUUUGGCUCGAGACUUCCAGUCUCAUUCACUUCCAUUCAUUUUUAGUUGUUAAAAACAGCUUGUUUGCUUGAUGUUGCAAACUGAUAUUUUCUUAUUAUGUUAUUCUGCUUUGUCUGUAUAGUCAUGGACACACUUGUUUGUAGGCAAGUAGUUUGACCGUUUUCUGUUGUUUGUUAUUCCAAGUCAUUUCUUCCAUAGGCUACUGAAUUGGAAGAUCGCAAAAACGAGCGCACUUCCGCAUUGAAGAAUAAGGUCAAUAUCCAAACUCGGUCUUGGAGAGUUUAGCUCCAACCCUAAUCAAACACACCAGAACCAGCUAAUCAAGCUUUUACAAGCAUCUUGGCAGGUGCAUUGAAGCAAGUUGAAGCUAAACUCAGUAGGACACCAGCCCUCAACGAAUGAGUUUGGACACCCCUGCCUCACAGGUUGUAUUUCUCAACCAAUAGAGAUAUAAUGAAUAACAACAGCACAAAUUGCUGUCAUCAAAAGUAAAAUUUGUGCAAAUAAACCAGUAUACUUCAUUCUUUUAUCAAAUGCAUUUGUAAAUGAUUGUAUAUCACUAUUUUAGUUACACACUGACUGAGUGAGCCACGUCUCUACACUGAUGCAGAAAACAAUAAGGUAAUGGAGUCAUUAAUCGAACAGAAACACUUCUUGCUCAUCAAUUAUUUGCACUAAUGAGUUAACAGUUUGUAAAAUGCCUCAACUAAUGCACUCAUACAGUUAUCAGAGACUCGGAGUCUGUUGUGCUCAUUAUACAAUAGCAUGUGUAAAAGUAGAUGUUUCAGAUGUAGUAAAUGUCCCCAAUCCUCAUCAAACAUUUUUCACAUUCAUGAUUUUUUUGGAUUAUUUUUGCUGCUUAUUAUAUGAGUGGAAGAAGUAUUUACAUGCUUUGAAUGAUGCUUUUAAGUUACUGAUUGUUUUAGGAUUGCUGGGAUGUUUUCUUUCUGAAUGCUUUUAAUCAUAUAGCAUUCUGUCAAGUGACAGUUGUUACAAAUGGUAUUCUGAAUGCCGUAAGCAGUCUAAAUAUCAUCAUUUUUCUUGGAAGGUUUGAGUUCUUAUGAUUUUUCAGUGUCUGCGAUUUACUGAUUUACAUGAAUGCAUUCCUUUUAUAUAUGCUGACAUUUCUGAAAGCCAUAAAGAAUCUUAUUCUUUGA